UAGAUCAUCAACAGAUAAUGUUUGAUAGGGUCUGCAUGCUUCUCGAUCGAGAGUAGCUGUAACACGACUUCUAAAGAAGCCUCCGUUUUUUGCAAAUUACGAAGCGUCUUCCAGUCAAUGAUGCUUUCCAAUGAAUGCCUUUCAUCCGCAGCGGUUAGAUAUUUUAAAUAAAAUACUAUUGCAUCGUUCACUAUAGCACCAUUCAGUUGAACCUUUCCCUUGAUUAGGUGACGGGCGAACCUCUUAAUCUUUUCUAAGUCGUUAUUGAGGAGUACCGCUAUCGAGGAUCCGCGGAUACUUCGUGGAAUUGCUUUCCAACAUGUGAACAGUGUUGACCACCUUUCAGCGUGA